AUGGGCCCACGAACAGACCCUGAAGCUAUUGAGCGCCGACGCAUGCAGAAUCGUCUGGCACAGCGCAAACGACGCUUGAAGAGGGCUCAGAUGGCCAAGGAUGAAAAAGAGCGCCAGCAACGCCUGCGAGCAGCUCAAGCAGCAUCACAGCUCACUUUUAUCAACGAUGCCUAUAUUCCCACAAACCCUCUGCCUCAGGCACACUCAUCGCCUGCCAUCGGCCACAAGGAGCAGCAGCCACUGCCUUCACCGAGCCUGAUGGAAUUUCCUGCUUCUUAUGAUGAAUACUUUUAUUCUCCAUGCUUUCCUUCUCCCGCACAAAGCUAUGAUUCCGAAUCCUCGCCAUUUUUCAACAACGAAUAUCCUUCACCGUCUCUAUCAUACGCCCCAUCCACACCAACCAUGAGUCUCUACUCGCCGAGUCUAGAUGAGGACUUGUCUGGCGGUUUUGACCUCGACCCGUCACUAUUUCUGGAGUCGAGCACGGGUCAGGCAUUGGACGCUUUUGGUCUCACACCACUCCCAUCGACACCAUCCCCUCGUCUUCAACCGGAGCGUCACCGUGCCGUAUCUUUGCCCACACCACUCACACCUCCGCGAUCGAUUCCCAUUCCCACAUCAGCACCACGCCAAAUGGAAAGGAGUCGUCCUCCGACCUCAUAUAUGAGCAACCCUUAUAACAUACCCACUUCCAACGGGCUCUACUAUAACAACAUGAACGUCACCAGCAACAUGCAUAUGCAUGCGCAUGACAAGCUCGGCCAUUACUAUGGCGCAGAACAAGUCCAGCCCAAUUACCAAAUGUACAUGGGCCACCAUCAUGGGUCUUCUAGUGUCGACGGGCUUCAGGGCGGACAGAUGCCGCUUCACUUCGCUAUGCAUAGCCCGACGCCGACUCUAUGA